AUGCUGUGUUUGCCAGCAGUGUCGUCGCCUGCCCUCGCCGAGUGUGCCAGCAGUGUCGUCGCCUGCCCUCGCCGAGUGUGCCAGCAGUGUCGUCGCCUGCCCUCGCCGAGUGUGCCAGCAGUGUCGUCGCCUGCCCUCGCCGAGUGUGCCAGCAGUGUCUUCGCCUGCCCUCGCCGAGUGUGCCAGCAGUGUCGUCUCCUGCCCUCGCCGAGUGUGCCAGCAGUGUCUUCGCCUGCCCUCGCCGAGUGUGCCAGCAGUGUCUUCGCCUGCCCUCGCCGAGUGUGCCAGCAGUGUCUUCGCCUGCCCUCGCCGAGUGUGCCAGCAGUGUCGUCGCCUGCCCUCGCCGAGUGUGCCAGCAGUGUCGUCGCCUGCCCUCGCCGAGUGUGCCAGCAGUGUCUUCGCCUGCCCUCGCCGAGUGUGCCAGCAGUGUCGUCGCCUGCCCUCGCCGAGUGUGCCAGCAGUGUCUUCGCCUGCCCUCGCCGAGUGUGCCAGCAGUGUCGUCGCCUGCCCUCGCCGAGUGUGCCAGCAGUGUCUUCGCCUGCCCUCGCCGAGUGUGCCAGCAGUGUCUUCGCCUGCCCUCGCCGAGUGUGCCAGCAGUGUCGUCGCCUGCCCUCGCCGAGUGUGCCAGCAGUGUCUUCGCCUGCCCUCGCCGAGUGUGCCAGCAGUGUCGUCGCCUGCCCUCGCCGAGUGUGCCAGCAGUGUCGUCGCCUGCCCUCGCCGAGUGUGCCAGCAGUGUCUUCGCCUGCCCUCGCCGAGUGUGCCAGCAGUGUCUUCGCCUGCCCUCGCCGAGUGUGCCAGCAGUGUCUUCGCCUGCCCUCGCCGAGUGUGCCAGCAGUGUCAUCGCCUGCCCUCGCCGAGUGUGCCAGCAGUGUCUUCGCCUGCCCUCGCCGAGUGUGCCAGCAGUGUCUUUGCCUGCCCUCGCCGAGUGUGCCAGCAGUGUCUUCGCCUGCCCUCGCCGAGUGUGCCAGCAGUGUCUUCGCCUGCCCUCGCCGAGUGUGCCAGCAGUGUCUUCGCCUGCCCUCGCCGAGUGUGCCAGCAGUGUCUUCGCCUGCCCUCGCCGAGUGUGCCAGCAGUGUCGUCGCCAGCCCUCGCCGAGUGUGCCAGCAGUGUCGUCGCCUGCCCUCGCCGAGUGUGCCAGCAGUGUCUUCGCCUGCCCUCGCCGAGUGUGCCAGCAGUGUCGUCGCCUGCCCUCGCCGAGUGUGCCAGCAGUGUCUUCGCCUGCCCUCGCCGAGUGUGCCAGCAGUGUCGUCGCCUGCCCUCGCCGAGUGUGCCAGCAGUGUCGUCGCCUGCCCUCGCCGAGUGUGCCAGCAGUGUCGUCGCCUGCCGUCGCCGAGUGUGCCAGCAGUGUCGUCGCCUGCCCUCGCCGAGUGUGCCAGCAGUGUCGCCCGCCCCUGGUGA